GCAUGUCCAGUUCUUUCAGUAAGGAUCGAGCUAGUGUAGCAGUGAGUUCAAAGUAGCAGUAUUUCGACUCGGACCCUUGAUGUUUGCAGUUAGUGCAUUUUGACGUUUUGUGUGGGUCACUGACCGAUAGUAUUGCCUCGUCAGCGUCUCCGGGAGUAACCUGAUGGAAUCUGUAUGUCAAGAAAGCAUACAAUGUAAUAAAAUCUGAAUAAAAAUGCAGAGGUUAUAAGUGGCCAUGCUGUGGCACCGGUCACGAUGGUAUUAUCCGAACUGCCCUGGGAGCCCCAGCUCGAACUGCCGAACCUACCGCCUUUUCAGGCCAGGAUUGUGGUUGGGCUGGUAGCUGUUAUUUGUUUUGCCAAUAGUUAUGAUGGCGACUUUGUCUUCGAUGAUUCGGAAGCUAUCAUCAAUAACAAGGACCUGAAACCAGAAACUCCCCUGAGUAAUAUUUGGGGAAAUGAUUUUUGGGGAAGUAACCUAAGCAGUAAUGCCAGCCACAAGUCCUACCGGCCACUCACCGUACUUACCUUUAGAUUUAACUGCCUCUUAGCUGGCGGCUUGUACCCUGUUGGCUUUCAUGUGCUGAACAUUGCCCUUCACGGUGUUAUCUCUGUAUUAAUGAUUGAUGUGUUUGCAAUAUUGAUUGGUGGCCUGGCUUAUGAUGGAAAAGGGAAAAGACUUAACCAGGCUCCAAAGGCAUCAUUUCUGGCUGCGUUGCUCUUUGCUGUGCAUCCAGUUCACACAGAAAGUGUUGCUGGGAUAGUUGGAAGAGCUGACCUCUUGUGCGCACUCUUCUUUCAACUCUCCUUCCUCAGCUACUGCAGAGCAUUUCAGAAAGGUUAUAAAGAAGACAAGUUUUCAGUAUCAUGGACAGUUGUAAGCCUUUCACUGUGUGCAGUGGCCAUGCUUUGCAAAGAACAGGGCAUCACUGUUUUGGGCGUGAAUGCAGCUUUCGAUGUUCUCAUGAUCUGCAAUGUAGAUAUCUAUGAAUUGAGCCACAGGCUUCUGUACAAAGGAAAGUCUGUGGAGAUUCAUGCAUUGUUCAAAAGGGGCUUCCUAACAAGAUUGGGCCUGCUCUCACUGGGGGGAGCUAUCCUUUUGUAUGCACGGUGGAGGAUCAUGGGAACCGGCCCACCAGCUUUCACUGAAGUAGACAACCCAGCUUCCUUUGCAGAAAAUCUAUUUAUACGAACUGUGAACUAUAAUUACUACUACUCUCUGAAUGCAUGGCUGCUGCUGUGUCCCUGGUGGCUGUGUUUUGAUUGGUCAAUGGGCUGUGUACCACUUAUUAGAUCAGUCAGUGACUGGAGAAUAAUCUCGCUGGUCAGUCUGUGGAUCUGCUUGAUGGGUUUGAUAAGUCAAGCCUUGUGUUCUGAGGACAGCAGUAAGAGAAGGACGCUGACAUUUGGACUCGUACUGCUGGUGAUCCCCUUUCUUCCAGCCAGCAAUCUGUUCUUCCGUGUGGGUUUCGUGAUAGCAGAGAGAGUCCUCUACCUGUCCUGUGCCGGAUACUGUCUUAUUGUAACAUACGCAAUUGGCUCUUUAUGCAGCCGUUGCAAGAACUACAAGAAACUCAUUCGCGCUUUGCUGUUGGUACUCCUGUGUGUGAAUGUUCUCCGCUGUGCUACCCGGAGUAGCCAGUGGAGGUCAGAAGAGAGCCUUUUCACCAGUGCCCUGUCAGUCUGCCCCCUCAAUGCUAAAGUUCAUUACAAUGUUGGCAAAAACCUUGCAGACAGGGGAAAUCAGACAGCUGCAAUCAAAUACUACAGAGAAGCUGUAAGGUUAAAUCCAAAGUAUGUCCAUGCCAUGAACAACCUGGGAAACAUAUUAAAAGAAAGAAACGAGUUGCAGGAAGCAGAAGAGCUGCUCUCGAGAGCUGUGCAAAUCCAGCCUGAUUUUGCUGCUGCUUGGAUGAAUCUGGGCAUUGUACAGAACAGUUUAAAAAAGUUUGAGAAUGCAGAAAAUAGCUACUGGAAUGCAAUUAAAUUCAGAAAGAAAUACCCAGAUUGCUACUACAACCUUGGAAGAUUAUACGCUGACUUGAAUCGCCAUGUUGAUGCCCUGAAUGCUUGGAGAAAUGCAACCAUGCUGAAAUCGGAUCAUAGUCUGGCGUGGAACAAUAUGGUGAUCCUUCUUGAUAAUACAGGAAAUCUAGCUCAAGCUGAGAUGAUUGGCAAAGAAGCCUUAAAACUACUUCCUAAUGAUCACACUAUUAUGUUUUCCUUGGCUAAUGUUCUGGGGAAACUGCAGAAAUAUAAGGAGUCUGAAAGUCUGUUUCUUUCUGCACUGAAAACCAACCCUGGUGCUGCCAGUUACCAUGGUAAUCUAGCUGUCCUUUACCAUCGCUGGGGGAAACUUGACAUGGCCAAGAAACACUAUGAGCUCUCUUUAAAACUUGACCCUAAUGCUCCAGGGACAAAGGAGAACUACAACAUGUUAAGACGGAAACUGGAGCAACUACAUAAAAAGGGAUCGGCUUGAUAAAACUUCAAGGACACUAUUGAUGCAUGCUGCAGACAUUUGAUUUAAUCUUUAUACUGUCCGUGUCUACUUUUCGGUAACACCUAAAAUUGUUCAUUUUGAUUUUUCUCACCAUUGUCAGUACUGUACAAAUGGCAAUAAACACAAAUUUCCAUUUCAUGUCCACUGGUCUCACUGGGAUCUGCUUUAGCAAUAAAGUGAUCGUGUUAUUGCUCAAAUAUUCAUCUGUUUUAUAUUGGAAAGCGGUGUGGUCUCUAUUUUGCUCUGUAAUACAGGCCAAUGUUUGUGUUGGAACAAAGGGGGGCUGGCUAUUAAUAUUAAACCAUCUUUGGUGAGAUCUUCUCAAAAUACUGGAAUAUGUGAUCGUUUGCAUCACUUAAUUUCAAUAUCCCACUUUUUUUCUGCUAGAAUCUGAAGUUUGUAAUCGGAUGGACCUUCUUUUGUAUGAUACCAAACUUGAAUAAUUGUUCUAAGUUUUUUUAUGUUUAACUUUGAUUGUUGCUACUUAUUUAAUUGUAAUAUUUUAUUUCUAAUUUAAUGGUAAUUUAUAAAAUGCAAAAAAAUCAAUGAGUAUUCCUGAAUGAUUAUGUAGGUUUUCUGUUUCUCACUGUAAUAAAUAAACCAUGGUUCUAAAAAUA